AUGGCAGGAAUUAUUGGCGGUAUGGAACCAUUUGAGGAAUCCGGUGAACAGUGGGCAACGUAUAUUGAGCGUUUUGAGAAUUAUAUCCUGGCUAAUGAGAUCAGGGAUGCUAAGAAGGUGCCGGUUCUAUUGAGUGUGAUAGGGCCAAAGACCUACGGAUUAUUGCGCAGUCUGAUUGCUCCAGAUAAGCCUGGGGAGAAGAAGUAUGGUGACAUUACGGUGAGACUUUGUGGUGAUUUCAAAGUCACCCUCAACCAAGCACUCUGUGUGGACCAGUAUCCUAUUCCACGCAUUGAGGAUCUCUUUGCAUCGCUAGCUAGAGGUCAACGCUUCAGUAAACUGGACUUGUCAAACGCAUACCUACAGAUGGAAGUAGUGGAGGAGUCGAGGAAGCUACUGACUAUUUCCACACAAAAAGGACUUUUCUGCUACAACCGCUUGCCCUUCGGUAUUGCGUCGGCACCAGCGUUGUUCCAGAAGGCUAUGGAUCAAGUGCUCGUUGGAUUGCCAUUCACGCACUGUUAUCUCGAUGACAUUCUGGUUAGUGGGCCAGACGAAGAGACCCACCUGAAAGCCCUGGACGACGUUCUCACGAGACUGGAGGAGUAUGGUCUCCAUGUCAAAAAGGAUAAGUGCAUGUUUUUCCAGGAGUCAGUAGAGUAUCUAGGUCAUAUCAUCGAUGCUGCCGGGCUCCACAAGUCGCCAGAGAAGGAAUGCGCUCUCAUGGUAUCUCAGAAGGUGCUAACCCACUACAACCCUGAGCUGCCCCUCCGUCUAGCCUGUGACGCUUCACCCUAUGGGGUAGGGGCUGUACCCUCUCAUGUCAUGCCUGAUGGUGUAGAGAAACCUAUCGCUUAUGCGUCAAGAACACUCAGCAAAGCAGAGCAGAACUAUGCCCAGAUUGAGCGAGAGGCGCUGGGGAUAGUCUUUGGCAUACGUAAGUUUCACCAGUAUCUCUAUGGUAACAAGUUCACUCUACUCACAGACCAUCGCCCGCUGACCUCCAUUCUCAGUCCAAAUGACCUCACAAUCCAACAGGGAUGCCUCAUGUGGGGCACACGAGUGGUAGUGCCACCCAAGCUACGGCCCCGGGUGCUCAACGAGCUACAUACAGCACACCCAGGGGUAGUGAGGAUGAAAAGCUUGGCACGGUCAUAUGUCUGGUGGCCAGGUAUUGACUCUCAGAUCAAGCUCCAGGCCAAAUCCUGCCACUCAUGCCAGCGUAGUCAGAGAGAACCGAGUCUUGCCCCUCUACAUCCAUGGAUGUGGCCUUCCAGUCCUUGGGAAAGGAUUCACGUGGACUUUGCUGGUUCAUUUGAAGGACACAUGUAUCUUGUGGUAGUAGAUGCUCAUUCUAAAUGGCCCGAGGUGCAAAUCAUGGAUAGCACCACAGCAAGCAAGACCAUCACAGUACUGAGGGGCCUUUUCAGUCGCCACGGCCUUCCUCACAUUCUCAUAAGCGACAAUGGACCCCAGUUCUGUUCUGAGGAAUUCGCCACAUUCCUGAAAGCCAAUGGAGUCAAGCACCUUCGCUCAGCGCCGUAUCACCCUGCUACGAACGGCCUGGCCGAGCGCUUUGUACAGACUUUCAAACACGCCCUCAAAUCCUCCAGGGGCGCCGCACCAGUGCAACAGCGGCUCGACACAUUCCUGUUGACGUAUCGCAACACUCCGCACGCCACGACAAAGGAACCGCCGUCUAUGCUGUUCACAAGGCGCAUGCUACGCACGCGAGUGGUUAACAAGCCGUACAUCAAGCCCAACAACAUGCUGCAGUAUGUCCAUACAGAAAGCAACCACCCUGCCUCCAUCUUGAAGAACAUUCCAGAAAGCAUUAAGAGAAGACUCUCAAAACUUAGAUACCCUCUCAGGAGAGAAAAGUGUGACAACGUCCUCAAGGUGUCCAGGGAUCUCUUUUAUAACCGUUGCGUACGCACAAAACAGAGCCUGAAAGGACGCCACUGCGCACCUGACAGCGUCAGUCAGAACCCAACCACUUCCAGAUGCGCCAUGCGCACAGGACGCACUGGUGCUGGGGACAGCCGGACGCUCUGCGGCUACAGCCCUUUCGCCAGGACUCUCCUCGCCGGGAACCUCCUCGCCACCGACCGGUCCCGACUCUGGAAGAACUAA